AUGACGAGGCUAGGAACCUUCAGAGCCUACUACCUCGGCGCUGUGUGUUGCAUUGGAGGCUUUUUAUUUGGCUACGACAGCGGCAUCAUCGGCGGCGUUCUCACUUUCGAUUCCUUCAAGAACGACUUUGACUAUUCCAAAAAGAACGAGACCAACGUCACUGCUCUGGCAGUGGCCCUCCAACAACUGGGAGGGUUUGUAGCAUGCUUUGCCAUAUGGCCUUUCACCCACCGUUACGGUCGUAAAUGGGCUCUGGUGCACUGUUCCGUCAUCUUCUGCAUUGGAGCCCUGAUACAGACCAUCAAUACACACUCAAGGCCGGCGUUUUACAUUGGCAGAGUCAUCGCUGGUAUUGGUCUAGGUGGAAGCAGUGUCAUCGUUCCGAUGUAUAGCAGUGAGAUGUCGCCUGCUCGUCUAAGAGGUCAGAUUGGCUCCUUCUAUCAGCUGCUGUUCACGCUGGGCAUUUUCACUUCGUACUGGGUCGACUACGGCGUUGCCAGCGACAUCUCGAAAACCAAAUCGAGCCAAUGGCAGAUACCAAUCGGACUUCAGAUCCUUCCGGCUGGGCUUCUCGGUCUAGGCACGCUCACUCUCAAGGAGUCGACCCGAUGGCUUGCCACCAAGGAGAAAUAUGAUAAGGCAUGGGAGUCACUCAAAUGGAUCCGAGCAGACGACAGCGAGGAGACCAAUCUCGAAAUGGACGAGAUCCGUGCAGGCGUAGAGUACGAGGCUCACGCUAAAGAAGGAUUCAGAAUGACAGAAUUGGUCGACAGGCACAACUUCAAACGUGUGCUCACUGCCGCAGCGGUCUUCACAGCACAACAAGCGACUGGUGCGACUGCUUUCGCUUACUUUGGACCACAAUUCUUCAAACUCCUCGUCGGCGACGAAGGCACGACAGACCUCCUCCUAACCGCCAUCUUCGGCGCCGUCAAAUUCCUCGCCUGUUUGCUCUUCGUCCUCCUCAUGGCCGACAGAUUCGGUCGUCGACAAACUUUGACAAUCGGCGCCUUGUCCAUGGCUGUGUGCCAGAUCACGACAGCCAUCGUACUAAAAUACAACCCGGUCCAAAAAGACGAACCAGUGGCGUCGAGCGGGAUCGCAACUGUGGCUCUGAUCUACCUCUUCGUCAUCGCCUACAACUUCUCAUGGGGCCCGCUUCCGUGGCCCUAUGUUGCGGAGAUUUUCCCUGCGCGGGUGAGGGAGCCUGGCAUUGGGACGGGGGUUGCGUCGCAGUGGCUGUUCAACUUCGUCUUCUCACUUACAACGCCCUACAUGAUCCGCGACAUGGGUGGCUGGGGCACGUUCCUCCUCUGGGGCCUCUUCGACUUCCUCGUCGCCGCAUACGCAUGGUUCGGACUCACAGAAACCCGUGGCAAGACGCUUGAAGAGAUUGCAGUCCCUGUCGACCAGCGCAGACCCGGCACGGGGAGCUCAAGAGUCCUCAUCGAGGAAGGGGAGGGUCUUGACCCGAAGGGACCACAGGUCGUUGUGCGGUGA